AUGCUAUCAACAGAACGUAAAGAUAAAAACAGACUUGCACAGGCAGCAUUUCGUGCACGCCAAGCAAACUAUUCUCGGCAACGAGAUAAUGCCUUAUUGAAACUCGAGGCCAAGAUUAGUAGUCUCGAAAAAUCUCAUCAGGAAGCUAUCAAUCGUGCACAUCAUGCUGAACAAAAUUACAUCAACUUGGCAAAUGAACUUUACAAUGUUCAACAACAACUUUCAUUGUCAAUGAUUGAAAAUGAAUACUGGAGAUCCUGCUUAACUGAUCUGCAGCAAAGCCUAGAGCAACCUUGCGCUGUGCCUGAUUACAACCCAGAUUUUCUCAUCGUCGAUUCUUUAACAGAACACCCGGACUAG